GCGGCUGAUUACGUGCAUUGGUUUCCCCCGCAGGUUGGCGACGCGCGGGAGGGCGCGCCAUGGCGGAGGACGCAGCUGCCCAAAUCUGAACUUAUCCUUCGGAACAUGCGCAACGGGUGCGUGCCGUCGCCGUUGUUGUCGGCGCCCUGCGUGGAUGACCUUUCCUUGUUUCGAGUGGAUUGGUUGCGUUGUGUGGACCAGGGCGUUGCUUUGGAUUGGUUCGGAUCAGUGAUGUGGUUCCUUCUAAGUGACAGCAACUACUAUGGCGGCGGGAAUCGGGCCGAACGCCUCAACGGGAUGUGGUCGUCAAUCCAAGCCUAUUACGACAGGAACAAGACGUGCGACAGGCUCCACAAACUGACGCUCUUGAUGAUCAAAAAGGCAAGCCGCAGGAGCGCCCCGAAACUAAAGGCCAUGGCGGGCGUGUGCAGGGCCCCGGAGGGUUGGGCGUGGGAGGAAUGCAACAGACUGUUCAGCGGUGGCAGCGAACUGGAGCAGACAAUUCUCGCAGCGACGAACCACCCCCAUAAUUGUUACGAGGCCUUGCGGACAAUUGUUAUUUUCAGGAGGGGCACCAUGGCGACGAACGGCAACCGCUUCGUGCUCCUGUACGACGCACUCGCACAGCGACACCCUGCAUUCUUCAGGUGCAAGCCCAAACUCCAUCUUUUCGUGCACCUCGCCCAGGAAUCUGACCCGAAAGCUAAUUGGACUUACCGCGACGAGGAUUUUGGAGGGGCCGUCAGCAGGAUCUCACGGAGGCGUGGCGCCCCGAUGACCACAAAGGCCUUCUCUGCCAAUGUUAUGGACAG